AUGUCCACGUCUGAGUCUCAGACAGAAAUUCAGUCUGAGUCCUCACAGAUGACUGCUCCGCAAUUAGCCACAUCACAGCCUGCCACGGAUUUAGUGAAAAAGAAGAAGGAAAAAAAAUUGAAUAGGAAAGAAAUACCUGUCGUACCUUUGCCUUUAGAGGUUCCUUUACAGAACACUUUUGGGCCUCUAGACAUGGAGGCAGAAAGUACAAAUCAGGAGAAUGUGGAACAAAGGAAGCCACAAUGGUCCAACAAGUUCCAGGGUAUCAUUGCAGUGCUUGGCUACUCCGUGGGUCUUGGUAACCUCUUGAGAUUUCCUUAUGUCUGUCAAAAAAACCGGGGAGGGGCGUUCCUGAUUCCCUACGUCAUCUCAACAGCUGUGUUGGCAAUCCCGCUCUUCAUCCUGGAGGUUGCUCUUGGUCAGUUUUCUGCUAAAGGACCUAUUAAGAUUUGGUCAAUAUGUCCACUCAUGAAAGGUCUUGGAUUUUGCAUACUGACAGUUAGCUGUAUCAUUGUCCUCUACAACAGUGUGGUGUUUUCCUGGGGCGUCUACUACAUCUACAGCUCCUUCUCGAACGUCUUGCCCUGGACUACCUGUGGCAACCCCUGGAACACGCCACAGUGUGUCGUGGUAGGCGACACUGGCGUUAAUAGUUCAGUAUACAUGAAACCGACUAAUGCCAAUGACACAACUAUAACAGCAAGCAUUGGAUAUGCAACUUUUAACAGAAGUGCACAAACUUCAAGUGUGUUUGGACAUACAUCAACAGAGGAGUUCUGGCAGAACAAGGCUCUCGGUGUUUCGUCAGGGAUAGAUGACCUCGGAUCUAUACAGCCUCAUCUCGUCAUCUGCUGGUUCAUCGCAUGUGUUGCUGUUUUCCUAUGCGUCAUGAACGGGAUCAAAUCCCUUGGAAAGGUGUGGUUGGAAGCCCUGAUGCAAGUGUUCUUUUCUGUUGGUCCUGCGUGGGGCACCAUUAUUGUCAUGGCAAGCCACAAUUCCUUUCACUCGAAUCUCAUAAGAGACUCCAUCAUCGUGGGCGUUAUAGGCGAGUUGACAAGUGUGUUUGCUGGUUUCGUUGUCUUUGCAACAUUCGGGUUCCUGGCUCAUAGUUUACAACAACCUGUGGCUGACGUUGUAACCUCGGGUCCUGGCAUUGGAUUUAUUGUGUACCCAGGGGCAGUGUCAUUACUGCCGUUUCCUCAACUAUGGUCCGUACUAUUCUUUACAACACUGCUGAUGAUAGUGGUUGACUCAACGUUGGCCCAUGUUGAGACAGCUGUUGGUUGUAUGGAAGAUCUGCUUCCGAGGCGGUUCCACGUCAAGCAUCUGCAGACUAUCAUGGCUGCUGUGUUCAUGGGAGCCGUGAGCCUUGUCGGUCUUGUGUUCACAACUCAUGGCGGAGUAUACGUGGUACAGCUGGUUGAUUGGUAUGUGGGUGCUGUGGCCUGCUUCGCCAUUGCUGUACUCGAGUGUGUAGCUGUUGGCUGGUGUUACGGUGCCGAGCGUUUCUCUGCUGAUGUGCAAAUGAUGAUUGGAAAACGCCUACCUGUGAUCUACAAAGUUGUUUGUUUCAUCAUCGUCCCUGCUCUCCUGACUAUAGUUUUGGUUUUGACGUUGGCUUCAUACAAGCCUCCAAGAUACGGAGAGUACGAUUACCCAACGUCGGCCAUCGUCUUUGGAUGGUUCAUUGCUCUUGUGUCCGUAGUUCCUGUUCCAGUAUUUAUGGUCACACAGAUACACAAGAUGGAAGGAUCCUUAGCACGGCGAAUUAAAGCUUCCGUGAUGCCCGCGCUUGAGUGGCUGAGAUUAAGACGACAACAUGGUCUGGAAGACAAGCAAGAGUCGAUAUCUGCGAAGGACAACUUCCUGUUUAUGAUCGGGCGAUAAUAACACGCACUAGACUGUAUCAGGAACAGCUGUUUCGUAUCUGUAUAUGUGUAUCUGUCACCUUGCUUAGCAUUUUUAUU